AUGUUCACUGGCUCCUGGCUCUGGUGUCCUACGGAGUCUGGGCCCGUGUCUAACUCUUCCGGGCUGCGGGCCGUUUCUGUCCCGUCCCCUGCCCUCCCCUCCGGGCCUCACCCCUCGCCUGGCUGGGCCACCUAUUUUGGGAGCAGGAGUGGCCAAGCCCGUGGCUUUCCAGGCAGGCCUGACCCAAGAGGAAGGGAGCGUGGUGGGGACAGUGGGGUUCCCCGGGAGCGGGAGUGCGGGGCGCAACUCCUCCCUCCCCUGCUGCAGAGCGUGCACCCUGGUUGGGGUGGGUUUGGGACACUCACGUGUGUGGGUCAGAUUGCGUCACUGUUUGGGAGCACGGGAGGCUCAGAUGAGGAGUAUCGUAUUCGUGACUGUCUCCACCCCACAUCUUGCUCCAACCAGAGGACAAUGGCAUCUCUCCACCACAUCUUGGUUCUCUGUGUGGGUUUCCUCGCCAUGGCCAACGCAGAGGCUCCACAGGAACACGAUCCAUUCACCUAUGACUACAAAACCCUGCGGAUCGGAGGCCUUAUCAUCGCCGGGAUCCUCUUCAUCCUGGGUAUCCUCAUCGUCCUGAGCAGAAGAUGCCGGUGCAAAUUCAACCAGCAGCAGAGGACUGGGGAACCGGAUGAAGAGGAGGGAACUUUCCGCAGCUCCAUCCGCCGUCUGUCCACCCGCAGGCGGUAGAGACACCUGGCGCGAUGGAACCCAGCCAGGUCCUGCAGCUCGGGCUAGGCUGGGGGAGGGGGGCAGGAGAAGGGGACGAAGGGUGGGAUGAGAUGGCUGGGGGGCUCUGUUGCCCCUCACCCUUUUCACCCCCACAGGAUUCCCCUGGCACCUGGCGCCCCCCACCCACCACCUGAGCACCACCACCACCUGGACUGCCCUCUUCCCCAGCCCUGCCCCCACAGACUCCUCUCUGCCGCCCAGACUUCAAUAAAACGUGCUUUUCUCUCUCGA